CUUUUGACUAAAAUGUUUGCUUUGUUAAAGUUAAAAUGAUGCUGAUCCAUUUGCUCCUUUUUGUGCCUUUAUACGUUUUUCCGUAUAUACUAGCCGUUAGCAGUGGAUAUCGAAGACAAAAUGGUGGCCCUUGUUGCUAUAAUGAAUAUCUUGACGCUGAGAAGAAAACUUGUAGAGAAUGCAGUCCUGGGAGAAUAGGCUGGGGAUGUAAAGAACCUUGUAAAGAGGGAUAUUAUGGACAUUUGUGUAGACUGGCCUGCCAUUGUAAAUCUCUUUAUUGUGACCCAGUUUUUGGAUGCUUGGCAACAACCUCUAUUGGAGGCAUAACACUCUUAGCCCCCAAAGAGUACAAUUUGGAGAGAACCAAACACUCUGAUUCACCCGAUUCAGCAACAAAGCAUGGAAUGCGUUUGUCUACAAUAUAUAAAUCAUUCCUAGAAUCCUCGACUAUGGAGAAGUAUAAUUUAUUUUUGUUUAAAAUAUUUUAAAUAUUUUUAAGGUUCAACGUUGUUCAAAAAACAUAGUAUUAACAGUACAAAGUUUUAAACUUAUUGCCAUAUAAGAACAUAACAUAAAUAUUUUGGAUUCACAGAACUUUGGAGAAAGGGGCAACAGAUCAUAAG